ACACGCAGCAGCAGUGACGGCCGACGUUUAGCCGUUGUCACUUUUUCAUUGUCAUUGUCGAGCGACGAAAUACAUACGAGGAAAGCAUGUCGGGCAGAGGGAAGGGCGGAAAGGUGAAGGGAAAGGCCAAGUCCCGCUCCAAUCGAGCCGGUCUUCAAUUUCCGGUCGGAAGGAUACAUCGGCUUUUGAGGAAGGGAAAUUACGCUGAGCGCGUCGGAGCCGGCGCUCCCGUCUAUCUGGCGGCAGUGAUGGAGUACUUGGCCGCCGAAGUGCUCGAGCUCGCGGGAAACGCCGCCAGAGACAACAAGAAAACGAGAAUAAUCCCUCGCCAUUUGCAACUG